CAAAGAGAGAAAGGUCAAAGUUGAGGAUUGUGUAAUCAAAACAAGCAGCACAGAUCGACACAACUUUUGCGUCUCAAAAUUGUGGCAUAAUGUUUUGGAAAACCUCGGUCAACGCGUGUCGUUUUAUCUCAACUUGUAGUAGACAAUUGCGUAGAGCUAGUUACGUGCAGGGCCAAUCACCAGAGCCUAGUAGAGUGCGAGAAUAUUUUUAUUUCAUUGAUCAUCAAGGACAGCUAUUUCUAGACGACACCAAAGUCAAAAACUUCAUCACAUGUUUCAAAGAUAAGAAGUUCUUGUCAUUCUUCUUCAAACGUCUGAAGUUGAACAACAUGGAGCGAUAUGCUGCCGACUUCCCUUACCUGUCCCCGUGUGGGGCGGAGAGAAACUUUAUCAGAUGUGAUGACCAACCAAUAGUCUUCACGAAAAUUCUUCCACCUGGGGACGAUCUGGCCACUUCGGAGGACACCCCCUCAGAUCGCCUGGUCUGCAACUUCGCCGAUAGUUUCACCGUUCAAUUUGAACCGGAGAAAGUGUGCAUGCUACCCAAGAGUGGGAGGAUAUACCAUCCAGCCCCCAAGAAAACUGGUGGCGUCGGACUGAUCAAAUCCAGCGUUGCCAUAGAAAUAAGUCCAUUCUUUGAAUUUGGGGAGGCCGGGGAGUAUGCCCCGCCCACCCAUUUUAAAUGGAACGGCAGACGGUGGCCGUUGACCAAUGAGAUUCUGAAUGCUGUGAGGGACAGUGAAGAGGAUGAAGUGACUGGUUCGUGAUUUGGAAUGGCGGGGAUUAUACAGACCAGAUGUUGCAAGCUACAUGUAUCCCAAUUUGUGUUCACUCUAACCAGAACUUUGUUGUAACAGACUUUGUUUUGAUGAGAGUCAACUCCCUUUAUUGCUGAUACACUUGUAUUUACAAACCUUAUAUUGUUUGUACCUCUUGUACAUGAUAAGCUACUUUGCAUCACCUGCAGAGUUUGAGGUUUGCAUGUGUUGCGCAGUUUUUUUGUAUAAUUUAUCAGUCAUUGAACCAUAUGCAGUAACAUUUGUUUGAAGCAGUAGAAACAUAAAAAGAAAGCAAAGCACAAAGACUAAACAAUGCUUUACUUCUCCUUCGACAAGGGGUCAGAAUGACUUUUAUUACAAAUUGCACACACAAGCAUUUACAGUAGUCCUCCGUUAAACAUAUAAAAGUACGGCCAAAGAAAAUCUACACCUCCAUCAAGAAAGAAAACAAAGUGAAAUGGAAUUAAUUAUACACUCAUCUAUCCUAUCAAUCACAUGUGAAUAUAUCCACUUCAGGCACUUGAUCUGCAUUGGAAUAUAUAAUUUGUACACCACCUCUUGGAGGUCCCUUGAUCUGAAAAUACUCUAAAUAUUCUGGUAUAGAUUUUGAAGAUUAUAGCUACACAAUUUUGUCAAAAAAAUACUACAUAUCAAUGGCAACAGUCCUGGUCUUUAUGAUUCCUACAAGGAUUUCACAACUCCACUGUUCAAUUUCCUGCAAAGAUCAAAUUUUACCAGUAUGAAGGUCAGCAGCUUUGAUUAAAUUUCCGUUCUGAAAACCAGAAACCAAAUAAACCAGGCUUUUUCAAUUCAUUGAACUCUAAACCUACCUAAGUAAAGUCUAUUGUAAGUACUGAGUAAAAGCCUUUGGAAAGAAUGUUGCAUCCUGACGAAUAAACAUGUAAUAUUCAUCAUAUUAAGGGCAGUCAUUGCCAAAAUGUUGCAAAGACAUGAAUCUGCGACUGAGAAACAUUUCCAAUGUUGUUACAAAAUACUUUGAAAAUGCGCUCAACACUCCAUAGACUUUGUACACAACUAAAGAAGUGGGGUCUGGAUACUACAUUCCUUCCAAGCUUUUUUCCAACUUGUGUAUUCAAAUUCAAGAUAUGUCAUUACCAUUUCAGUUUCUUACUGUACCACACUAAAAUACUUAUUAUAAUGUACGUGGCUAUACACAACUUGUAACAAAAUGUGGUUGCUAAAAGUGCUUGUGAAGUUGUAAACAUACACAUCAAUGUUGAAUUAAGUAUGGACGACAUUCAAAUGAGAUCUGCUAUAACAACAAUUUUUAAAGGAAUACUUUGCAUUAAAUUUUAAGAAGAUAUUUACCAAAGAA